AUCGAGGAGCGGUGCCGCCAGCUGACCAGCCGUGCGCCCGUGGUGCUGUUUAUGAAGGGCUCGCCCGCCGCGCCGCGCUGCGGCUUCUCGCGCAAGAUCUGCGAGCUGCUCACCGAGCAGAAGGCGCCCUUCGACAUCUUGGCCGACGAGGAGGUGAGGCAGGGCCUCAAGCAGCCGACCUACCCGCAGCUCUACGCCGACGGCAAGCUGCUCGGCGGGCUCGACAUCGUGCGCGAGCUCGCCGAGGAGGACGAGCUGCUCGACUCGAUCCCGGCGGCGGCAAAGGCCGCGUGA